AUGUGGGGCGAUGUUCCACGUGAGACGCCCCGCAGUAUCCAGACCGAGUCACAGGAACAAGACACGGGUCAAGAGGACGCCCCCAUCCGGGACACCGGGACGCCGCCUCGCGCGCCCACUUCUGACCACUUCCGCGCUGGCCCCGGCGCAGAAUCCCAUCCGCAAAGCACCAGCGGCGUGAUGCCGACACCGCAGGCUGUCGGCUUGAUCCGCACCGGCACUUCCCUCGGCCUCGGUGACGACCUCCAUGUGCCAUCCACUGCGCCCCCUGCGUGGGUUCCCGGCGCCUGCGGGGCCCAGACGACGGCGCGGCAGCCACGUCAAGACCAAACCGCCGGCGAGCGGCGCGCGGCCGGGGGCGUCGAUCAUGUGCGCGUCCUCGUCUACAAGACCCUGACGAACAGCGAUGCCGCAGGCCGGGUGAUUCUCCCCCGGGCUGGACUCGAGAGCGCGGUGCCGCUCCUGCAGUCCCUGCGCACGUGCCCGUGCCCCGUCGUGGACGACCUAGGCCGGACGUGGUCGCUCGUCCUCAAGGCCUGGGCCAACGGCAACGAGACCCGUCGAGUGUACAUCAUCGAGCCCCUGACGGAACUGAUGAAGGCGUUCAACAUCGGCGCCGGCGCCACCAUCGCGCUCGCGGCUCCUGAGAGCGUGUUCAGCGACUGCGGGACCCCGCAGAGGAACUGCCGCCUGCGCUUGCUCGUCAACCCUCCGGAGGCCUCCCUGCCGAGCCGCGGCGCAGUACCGACCCCUGUAUCACUCAAUCAACAGCAAGCGGCCGCCCUCGGGCUCCUGGGCGAGGGCGCUCGCACCACAGGCAGCAUCCCGCGCACGCAAAACAUGCGCUGCACGCGCAGCCCGCACUGUAGCAAGCCCAUGGGACAUCCCGGCUUCUGCCGCAAGGGCGCACGCAAGGCGCAGACCGCGCCCGCCCACGCCGAGCCGGCUUCCAGGGGCGUCAACCCUGCAGAUGACACACAGGCCGCUGCGGUUCAGCCGGCGCCGCUCGAGUCGCGGGCAGCGCCUUCGGGUUCCGACGGGGACGCCGCACCGCCGCCGCCGCCGCUGCCGCCGGACAGCAUCCCUGACUCAGUCGUGGUGGCGAAGCGUCUGACUAACUACGACGUCGACAGCGGGCGGAUGAUCCUGCCGCGCGCGGCGGUGGAGACGCAGAUGCCGUGCGUUCUGCGAGAACGCGCAUGGUCGGUCGUGGCGACGUGGGACCCGCCGGCGGCGCCAGAGGGGCCGAGCAACGGUGUGGGUAGUACGAGGGGUGGUGCGGACGGCGGGAGACGAUACAGUUUGAUCCUCAAGUCCUGGUCGAACGGGGUGAACAAGAAGAUGUUCAUUCUCGAGGGCACCGAGCAGCUCACGCGCGACCUCGGGCUCGGCGUCGGCACCGUGCUGGCCCUGCGACACUGCCGCACAGCCGGGCCGCUUUCGAGAGACGUCGCGGCAGCCUUCGCCGUCGAGGUGGACACGGAUGCAGCACGCAGUGCGCUGGCAACACAGGCUACACUCAAGGCGGCGAUUUCGCGGCAGCAGACCGCCCGUCGCGGGGCACAGCAGGGAGCAGGAAGCGGCCUGGGCGCGGUGGCGCCGCAGACGGACGCCGGUGACGCCAGCGUGCACCGCAGCAGCCUCGCAGGCUCGUUGCAGACGGGCACGACGCGGACGACCAAGUCCGGCCGGCGCGUGCGCAGGCCUGCGACGCACGACGGUGCCGCGUCGUCCAGCGACGAGGGCUGCCCGUCGGCGAAGCGCCGGGCCGUCGACGGGAGCGGCGCUGACUCGCCAGCGGCCGUUGGGAGCGAGUUCACGUGGGGGGGCAUCAGCGAGCACCGGCCGCCGCGCGGACGGUCGCCGGUGCCAUCCGGGGAUGGCUCCAUGUUUCUCGAGCGCCCCCGCAGCCGAGGGGUGUCUCCCGAGGCUGACGCGGCAGAGAUUCUCCUGGACAUCGUGCGCGGGCAGACGCCCCCUGCGGAGACGGGCGCCCGGGACCGCCACGCAGUCCCGCCACAUAUGAUGCGCGCCGCCGUGCUGCCCGACCCGGCCGAGCACGACGUCGCCGCGACAGACAAGCCCCUUGGAGCCGGCAAGCCGCCCGACGCAGUGGUGCAGUCUAGCGUCGCCGCGCUCCGUAGCGAUGCUCCAGCGGCAAUGACGGCGGUGGCCGCCGCGCUGCGGGGCCACGAGCCCGUUUCCACGCCGCGGUCGACGCCGCAAGGAACUGGGACCGCAGAUGGCAUGCGCGCGCCCGCAGCGCACCCGGGCCUCGACCCCUCCACGGGCUCAAUCUGCCAGCUGUUCAGCUGGUACUGUCGCCCUCUGCCGGACGACGCAGCGCCGCGGCAGCCUUGCGCUUCGAAGCCGCGCGCGGGGGCAUCCGAGGGGGCCGUCCUGCGGGGCAUCUCUCCGCGGGGGGACUCCGGGCAGUCGCUUGGGUCGGUCCUCCCAGGACUCAGGGGGUUCUCUGCCCCUGACGUGGGGUCGAUGUUCAACGGUCCGUUCGGCGGCGAGGACGGGCGCGCUGGCAGUCCGCUGCACGGUCCGACGCCUGAGCUGUUCGCGGACGCACGUGGCGGACACCCCCAGGCGUCUGCGUCAGGUCGUGGCGCUGGAGCGGCGGACGGCGACGAGGCUGCGCGGCGCGGCGGUGCAGCACGCGGGGUCACAGCGCCGCCCCGUCGCGGCGGCGGCGGCGCGCGCUGA